AUGACAUUGGAAUUGGCGUCGAGAAUGUUCAACGACCAACUCAUUGUAUCUGGAAAACCGGAGACUCCAUCUGAAGAUUUAGUACACACAGUGACCCGACUUGAUUCUGUUAGAAUUGACAAGAAAAGACGUUCAACUGGGAGUCGUGAUAUAAUGGUUGAAUGUAAGUCGCCGCAGCUUGUUAGUAACUUUAUUGCUGAGAAAAGGAAGCAUAAAAAUUUUACAGCAAACAUUUUGGAUUCUGAGAUGGAUAGAAUAUAUAAAGAGGAAUAUAUAGAUUGCUGA